GGGCUUCCGUAGAUUCGUUACUUAGCUAGUCAUGUGAAGCCAGUUUACAUCCGAGCGCUGACCUUUCUGGUGAGUAAGUAAACAUUAAGACAAUGUGACAGUGACACCAACCUUGUUCUACAUCUCGGACAUAUCUGGCUAGCUAAUUGCUCUGAAAAUGUCAGUGUUUAGCCUAACUGCAACGCGCACAUGCUGUGGCGUGUCGCUGAAAAUCAUAAGACCUUCAUUUAACCUGUUAACGAACAAUGUACACUCGCUAACAAACGUGGUAAGCAUCAACAGAAGAAGCGGCACCUGCACGCGGAGCAACAUCACUAAUGUAAGGCGUGUGUUCAGCUCUCAACCACACAACCCAAAGGUACCAGAGGCUGCAACAUGGGAGCCAGUGCCAGACGACCGACUCCCCCCGCCUGCACAAAUCCCUGCUGACCUGGUGGACAAACUUGAGCGACUGGCCUUGGUUGAUUUCCGAACUAAACAGGGACUGGCCUGUUUGGAGAAAGCCAUACGAUUUGCAGAUCAGCUUCAUGUUGUUGACACAUCUGGGACUGAACCAAUGGAUUCAGUUCUGGAGGACAGGGCCUUAUACCUGAGAGGUGAUGCAGUGAUGGAAGGGGACUGUGCUGAAGAACUGCUUCAGCUCUCCAAAAACACAGUUGAAGAAUAUUUUGUGGCACCACCAGGAAAUAUUCCUCUACCAAAGAGGGAGGAGAGGACUGCUAUACUGAAACACUCAGAGCUCUCAGAUUUAUGAAUUUGUCCUAAGUAAUUUUUUCAGGCUUUUUAUAUACCUUACUAUAUCCGUGGUGAGAGAGAGAGACAUGAAAGUUGGGGAGAGAGAGAGAGGGGGGAUGACGUGCAGCAAAGGGCCAUGGGUCAGACUCAAACCCUCUUCUAGGUGAGUCACUGAGGUGCGCCAAUAUUAUUUUUCAAUUUGUAAGUAUGUGUCAGAUAUGUCGGCUGGGGACAACACUUGGUCGUUUCACUGCUUAUCUGCAGCCAUAAACAUCUGUCACAGAGCUUUGUCAGGUAUACAGCAGGACCCACAUGUUCUGGAACAGGAAAAGGAUGUUUAUUUUUUUCAGUUUCAUGUGACGCCUGUGGUUUGUUUCAGUGUCAGUUUAUAAAAAUGCUGAGUCAACAGUGUGUUGGAGCAGAAGGUGUAAUGAGGAUAUUCAAUGCAAUGGACGUACAUACCUUUGAUUUGUGAUUUCAUGUGUCUUGUUUUCUUCUUUCUUUCUUUUUUAAUAAAAAUAAAAACUUAA